AAAUCCCAUUAGGAGCUCAAUUGGCUCACAGAUAUUUGCGCUAAAGCAUUUCAUGCAAAACACCCCCCCCCCCCACAUCAAAAAUAAACUUUGAAAUGUGGCCGCAACCUCCCAACCUGUCGCCCCCCUAAAAAUAAACUAACAAGGUCGAGGUGUCGGCCAUUCUUGCGGAUUCUCACGUCAGGCUUUUGUGGUCCCGCUCCCAUCUUCUAAUGGCGUCUUUAGUCUUUAGUCUUUAGUCUUUAGGCUUUAGUCUUUAGUCUUUAGGCUUUAGGCUUUAGUCUUUAGUUUUUAGUCUUUAGGCUUUAGUCUUUAGUUUUUAGUCUUUAGGCUUUAGUCUUUAGCUCCUCUGGCGGGCGCUAGCGGCCUAUCGCCAUCCUAGCUGCGUCGCUAACCGCUAGCCUCGCAAUUCUACUGGUUUGCAUCUUUUUAUUGGACGGGCGACGUUAAAACUUCAUCAGAUGGUCAAUAGGAGCAGAUUCACACUUUGCUCUUUUCUACUUCCGACUUUUUCUCUCUUAGUUUCCUAACUCAUACGAUCUUUCCUAAACACCCUUCUCUUGUAAUAUUUACACUUUAGUCCCUUAAUAUUUACACUUUAGUCCCUUAAUAUUUACACUUUAUUCCCUUAAUAUUUACACUUUAUUCCCUUAAUAUUUACACUUUAGUCCCUUAAUAUUUACACUUUAUUCCCUUAAUAUUUACACUUUAUUCCCUUAAUAUUUACACUUUAGUCCCUUAAUAUUUACACUUUAUUCCCUUAAUAUUUACACUUUAUUCCCUUAAUAUUUACACUUUAGUCCCUUAAUAUUUACACUUUAUUCCCUUAAUAUUUACACUUUAGUCUCUUAAUAUUACGACUUUAUUCCCUUAACAUGACUUUAUUCCCUUAAUAUUUACACUUUAUUCCUUUAAUAUUUACACUUUAGUCCCUUAAUAUUACGACUUUAUUCCCUUAAUAUUGACACUUUAUUCCCUAAUAUUUACACUUUAUUCCCUUAAUAGUAUGACUUUAUUCCUUUAAUAUUUACACUUUAGUCCCUUAAUAUUUACACUUUAGUCUCUUAAUAUUACGACUUUAUUCCCUUAACAUGACUUUAUUCCCUUAAUAUUUACACUUUAGUCCCUUAAUAUUUACACUUUAGUCCUGUAAAUUUUACAUUUUAUUCCCUUAAUAUUUACACUUUAUUCCCUUAAUAUGUACACUUUACUCCCUUAAUAUUUACACUUUACUCCCUUAAUAUUUACACUUUAUUCCCUUAAUAUUUACACCUUAUUCCCUUAAUAGUUACACUUUAUUCCCUUAAUUUUUACACUUUAUUCCCUUAAUAUUUACACUUUAUUCCCUUAAUAUUUACACCUUAUUCCCUUAAUAGUUACACUUUAUUCCCUUAAUUUUUACACUUUAUUCCCUUAAUAUUUACACUUUAUUCCCUUAAUAUUUACACCUUAUUCCCUUAAUAGUUACACUUUAUUCCCUUAAUUUUUACACUUUAUUCCCUUAAUAUUUACACCUUAUUCCCUUAAUAUUUACACUUUAUUCCCUUAAUUUUUACACUUUAUUCCCUUAAUAUUUACACCUUAUUCCCUUAAUUUUUACACUUUAUUCCCUUAAUAUUUACACCUUAUUCCCUUAAUAUUUACACUUUAUUCCCUUAAUAUUUACACCUUAUUCCCUUAAUAGUUACACUUUAUUCCCUUAAUUUUUACACUUUAUUCCCUUAAUAUUUACACCUUAUUCCCUUAAUAGUUACACUUUAUUCCCUAAUAUUACGACUUUAUUCCCCUAAUAUUUACACUUUACUUCCUUAAUAUUUACACUUUAUUCCCUUAAUAUUACAACUUUAUUCCCUUAAUAUUUACACUUUACUCCCCCAGUGUUAUGACUUUAUUCUCAGAAUAUGUAGACGUCAUUCCCUUAAUAUUGGACUUUAUUCCCACAAUAUUAUGACUUAAUUCCCUUAAAAUUAUGACUUUAUUGCCAUAAAAUUAUGACUUUAUUCCCAUAAAACAGUAAUGGGGAAAUAAAAUCAUAAUAUUGGGGGAAUAAAGUCAUGAUAUUAUGGGAAUAAAGUCCUGAUAUUAUGGGAAUAAAGUCAUGAUAUUGGGGGAAUAAAGUCCUAAAGAGUUUUUGACAAGAUCUCCAAAUGGCAAAGUUGUAUCCUUUGGGGGGGGAGAGCAUGCCCCCCCCCCUCUAAUCUAUGCUCAGCCUUCCCCUCCUAGAUAAGAUUUUUUCCUGCUUGAACCCGUGUGAUGUUAUCACGUCAGGCUGGGACAACAAUCCAGAUUCCAUUUGGUCAACACCCCCCCCCCCCCCCCCCCAGAACCCCCCCAGCCCCCGGCGUAAACGAGCCACAUCCUCACAGCAAACGGCGCAAAGCCGACCCGAGGGAGGGGUGAACGAUGCUUCUAGUUAGACGUCAUCAAUGUCAAACAUCAACUUAUAUGACUUAUAUUAUAUUUAUAUAUGACUAUAUUAUAUUAUAUAUCAUAUUUAACGACAGACUCACGUUGGAAUAUGUUAGUGAUGGACAAGGAUCGUCAAAUGGCGGCCUAGAUGGUAGAACAUGUUCCACCGCCAUUGAUGUUCCUUUUGAAGGUGAUACGAAGCGUUAGCUCUCACACGUUAGCAUGUCUUGAUAAAUACUAGUAAUGAAGUAUUUGGGGAUAUAUAAGUAUAUAUAAGUAUAUAAGUAUAAGUAUAAAAGUAAAGACGUAAUGUCGUAGCUUUUAUUUAUCCAGAAAGAAAGAAAGAAAGAAACUUCAUCAAACUGAAGGCAGUCGUGAAAUGUAUUUUAGUCGGGAGCUGAUAUUUCCCAAAACUUGGCUACGUUGUCCUGCUGCUCAGCAAAGAAGGGGAAGGAAGAGAGAGAGUAUUUUGGGGCGAGAGAGGAGGGAGCGCGGGCACGGAGGACGAUAUUCGGGGGCGUGGCGGUCGUCGCAAACGAGAAGUUCAAUGUCGGGAAGAAAAGUCUUCACCAGAUAAAAGUUGUCAUGCAAAUCGGUCUUUGAUGGGAUUUUCUCAAAGCUGCCGGCUUUGACCUGUCAGUCGACACCACCCCAAACACCCCCCACCCACGCCCCGCCCAGCCCCCCCUUGCCCCUCCCCCCGCCCCGCAGCUGGUGUAUAAAAGCAGGCGGCUUCGCACCAGCAACACUUCCCCACCGUCCUGGUCCCGGUUCACGGCAUCCACCGUCAGAAGGAAGGGACCAUGCCAGCCUCACCGGCCCACUUGGGGGCCUUCCUGCUGGACCGCAGCGUGCGGGCCCUGGGUCUGGGUCUGGGUCUGGGUCCCCCCUACCAGCUUCCGGUCCUGGGGGUCCAGCAGCAGCAGCUGGCGGCCGGCAUCCCCGUCUCCUACUCGGGACUUCACGGAUACAACCUCAUCCCCUUGGCGGCCCCCCCGCACCACCACCGACACGCCGCGCACACGGGCAACGCCUUGGACCCGAAGCCCACGGCCGCCUCCCCCUACCACCACGCCCUCCUGGCCCGCGGGGGCCCCUUCUUCCCGCCUUGCCGGGUCGGGCCGGCGGAGGAUCCCGGGCGCGGGGGCGCCAAGGCGGCCACCCGCGAGAGCACGGGGGCGCUGAAGGCGUGGCUGAGCGAGCACCUGAAGAACCCGUACCCCACCAAGGGCGAGAAGGUCAUGCUGGCCAUCAUCACCAAGAUGAGCCUGACGCAGGUCUCCACCUGGUUCGCCAACGCCCGCCGCCGCCUCAAGAAGGAGAACCGGGUCAGCUGGGCCUCCUCCAGGUCCAAAUCGGACGAGGAGGAGGACGAGGAGCGGGAGAGCGACGAGGAAGAGGAGGAGGAGGAAGAGCCUCUGAGGAGAUGUGCCGACGAGGAGCGGCGGCCCGAAGCCAGAACGCAGGAGAAAACCUCCGAGGCGACGGGGCCCCCGCCGCCGCCGUCCCCUCCGGACGGCAAGGACACGCCCAAACCCAAAAUCUGGUCGCUGGCCGAGACCGCCACGUCGGCGCCGCUGAAGACGGAACGCGCGUAUCAGACCGCCGGGAGGGUGUGGGCCGAGUGGGCCUCCGGGGGGGCCCCGCCGGUCCCCGCCCCCUACGCCCAAAGCCGCUGAGGACCCGGGAAGGCGGCAUCCCGCCGAAGCAUCCGUGCACUUUAGCUCUCAGACUGAACGCUUGGGACCGACCCACACCAAAGACGGAAAGACGGGCGGCGCUUCCCUCCGCCCGUCCCGGGCCCCCCAAAACUCCUGGCCCCGAAUAAACGCUCCGUCGGGAAGGAGAGCCCCUCCUCGUUUGCCUUCUCGUUGCUGAAAUGACUUUUUACGUUUCAGGGAAUCACAUUCAACGGUCCGACACAUGCCCCCCCCGCCCCCCCCCCCCCCCCCCCACACCCCCCACUCGCUGAAAUUGGACUUGUCCAAUUACAGUUUUAUUUCACGUUAUGUUACACGUACUUAUGGUACUUAUGGCAUCAACCAGUUUUUUUUUAGAUAUGAAAAUCAAAAUGACUACAAAAAUAAAUGUUGCAUUUAAGAAAUACAUAAAAAAUACUUUAAAACUCUUUAAAAAAGAUAACAUUUGCAUUUUAAUGGUAUUGAAAUAAAUAUUUCAAUCGUCUUUAAUUUAAAAAAACAUUGAAAAAGUACAUACUAGAUACAUAAAAAUAGUAUCUCGUGAAAUAAAGGUGUUUGGAAGAAGUACAUGUGUGUAUGUGUGUGUAUAUAUAUAUGUAUAUAUAUAUAAUAGAAUAAACAACUGAAUAUUUGUUUGGGUGGAAGAAUGAGAACGGGUCCAACUUCAGUGACCUCUGACCUCUCAAUCCCGCAGACAUCUUGUGAAAAGGUUUUGGCUGCAAGGACCAAGUGUCCCAUUACUUUUGUUCACUUAAACAGCUUUGUUGUUAUUUGCAAAUGUGGAAAAGUCACGUGAUUGUAUUUUUUUUUUUUAAGUUGCAGAUCACUUCCACGUCCACUAAA